AUGGAAGGGGAUUCCGGUAACGAUGUAAUGCAGCGGCUUCAAUCGUCGGUGACGGCGUCGUCUUCGUCGCAAAGCGGGGAUUAUCAGCAGCUUUCGCAGCAUCUCUUGGGAAACCGUUUCGAUGCUGGCCAAGUGAGGCUCUCUGGAGAGCCACUCCGUGACUUCCAACUCGGUGGAUUUGGCGGUCUCCGCAGCCAUGGCGUUGGAUCGGUUCUCAACAACAGCAGCGGCGGCGGCAAUUUCACGUCCGCUGUGAACAACAAGAGGCCUGCAGGUAUUCCGCCGUCCCGUCCCCACAUCCCACCGGCCUCCCCUUACUCCCAGAUCCCGAGCACUUCUGCUGGAUCUCCAGGACAGCAGUUCUAUGGCCAUGGUCCGUCCCAUGCCAGAUCGCUCUCCCAGCCGGCCACAUUCUUUUCGCUGGACUCUUUGCCUCCUCUCAGCCCCUCGCCGUACCGGGAAUCGCCUCCUGCGGGGACUUUUUCGGAUUCAUCGUCGGUAGAUUUGCCCAUGGAGGACCGGGACAUCAACUCUCAGCCUGGCGUGCAACUUCCCGGGCGUUUCUCUAGGCCAAAUUCUGAUAGGACGGCGGAGAGCGUCCCUCCUCGGAAGGCCCAUCGUCGCUCUCACAGCGAGGUGCCUUUUGGCUUCUUCCAAUCAUCCUUCUCCACGGUCGUCCCAAAUCCCUCGCAGAGGGCCCAGGGUUUGAUGGAGUUUUCAGCGUCUCCGGUUGGUAACAUGGAAUCCGGGGGAUCGAAGCAGUCCGUGAAGAAAGAGCCAGUGUGGGAUCGAAACGUGGGUAACAGUACUGGAGGCACGGCAAGGAAGCCUGAAGGGGACGCCGACGAUGAUCUGAUCAACUCGUACAUGAAUUUGGAUCGAUUUGAUGCCAUGAUUGCCUCCAGAAACGACGACAGAUGUGAUGAAGCUAAAACAAAUGGCGCGGAGAGCAGCGAGAACGAAACUGAGGGCAGCGUCAACGAGAGUGACAGUAGCUUACAGCAGCUGAAGGAAGGUGGGAACCCCUCUGUGGAGAAGAAGGAAGGAGUCAAGCGAAGGGCGAUCGGUGAUCCUGGCCAGAGCACCAAUUCCUCACGCCAUUCCAGAAGUAUUUCGAUGGAUAGUUUCAUGGAUAAGAUAAAUUUCGCCGACGAUUCUCCAAAUCUGUCUCCUUCCCCUGUGAUCAAGGCGGGGCAGCAUUCACGCAACAGUUCACUGGAUGAAAGCGCGAAAACUUUUGACUUCGAGCUCGGAAAUGGAGAAUUCAGUGGCCCAGAACUUAAGAAGAUUAUGGCAAAUGAAAGGCUCGCCGAGAUUGCCUCAUCAGACCCAAAACGCGCCAAGAGGUGCCCUAUUUAUUUAUUUAUUUAUUUUUCAUUAAUUCGGUUUCCUUGAUCUUGGAUUUCCUUGAAGCCAUCUAUUCUUUCUAAUCCCUGACCCACCGAUUCCAGGAUUCUGGCCAACCGGCAGUCAGCUGCUCGCUCCAAGGAACGCAAGAUGAGAUACAUAUCAGAGCUGGAGCAUAAGGUGCAGACGUUGCAGACGGAAGCUACGACUUUAUCCGCUCAGCUCACGAUGUUGCAGGUACCUUCCUCCGGGGAUUUAUUUAUUUUAUUUUCUUGAAGUAAUUUCUACGUUAUUCAGCUUAUCUAACGCAUUCCAACCCCAACUUUGAAUCCGACACAGAGGGAUUCUGCUGGUCUCGCGAACCAGAACAAUGAGCUCAAGUUUCGCCUUCAAGCCAUGGAACAGCAGGCGCACCUUCGAGACGGUAACUUCUUCGAGAUGGCGUUGACUUUACUCCUUCCGACCGAUAAAUGUCGUGUGGAUCAGCUACCUCGCAAUGGUCCUCUUCUCAUUCCCUUCACAUUUCCCGAUUCGUGCUUUCUUGCACCGCUGAUCCACAGCAUUGAACGAGGCGUUGACUGUGGAGGUCCGGCGUCUGAAGAUAGCCAAUCGCGAACUCGCCGAGGGGAACUCAUCCGCUAACGUGGCUCAGCAGCUUCCAGCAAAUCCUCGCCUGUUCCCGCCGCCUCAGCAGCCGUCCCCGCCGCCGGGUCAACUGCGGCACCAGAGUCAGCCUCCGCGGGAGAACCCUUCGCCGUCGAAGCGCGAAACCAGCCACCCUAUAGCAUGA